UAAGUUUAAGUAGCUACAGUGAUUUAUUCCGUGAAAUUGUAAAAUUAACAAUGAAGAUUAACGAAACUUCCCGUAUUAUAUAUCAACAAGCUGCAUUAAGGUCAUUUCUCCGUAGUGAUCAUAUUGCACAGAGUUUUAUUGAACAAUCACCAAAUUAUAAUAUUAAAAGUCUAGAACAACUGUAUGCAGUUUCCACUUCGAUAAAGUCAAAAAAAAUGAUUAUUGAAUUUGUAAAGAUGACGAAUUGAUGCUUCUUAUAAAUGAUGCCACCACUGUUAACGAGACUUCUCAUCCUCAUAAUCAUAGUAUAGUUUUCCUCGUGGCAAAAAAUAUAAUUUUCAAUUUGAUUGGAGUCAAUGCAUCAGCAACCUUAAGCUCAUUGUUACAAAAUAAUCAAUCUAAUUCAAUAAACAAUAUUUCAUUUCGAACAGAACCUCCGUUACAGAAUCAGUUUUUAACAACAUUUGACUCUUCCACUCUUGUAUCAACUUCGACUUCCGUGCCCGUUAGUUAUUCUACUUCAACAACGAUUUCACAAUCUUUAUCGAAAAAUAUUAUUAAUGGAACAAUUGCUCAACAGCAUUCAUCUCCGACUGAUACACUUCCACUAACUUCAUCAUACUUGUCAACAGAAGUCAAUGAUAGAAAAAAUGACGUAACAGAUGUUCUACCAUCGGUAGAGUUACAGUCAUUGGUUGCAUGCAGUGAAACUAAUGCAUCGCCAAUGCCAGUUAGUUCAUCUUCUGUUCACAUUGACAACUCAAAACCGGAUAAUGACAUUUUAAACCAUUCGGAGCAAAAUGAAACACUAUCCAAUUCUUCCUUAUCAUCAAUCGAUCUUAAAAUUCAUGCAAAUACUAAAAUGUAUAAGGAACAAGGAUCACUACAAUUAAUUGAUGAUGACAACAAUAGUUUGUCAGAAGAUACGAAACAUCUAAGUUAUGACUACGAGAAUAACAACGUUGACAAUAUUUCAAAUUUCGAUUAUGACGGAGAUCAAAAAAGUAAUUACGAAAACCUAAAACACGAACGUUCAGAUCCAAUCAUAAAUUUCGAUGAUAAUGAUGAAGAGCUUGGAAAUUCUAAUAAGAUUCUAGAUGAAUAUAGAGAUUUUACAGAAUAUUUUAUGACUUAAGCAAGUUGAGGGGUUAACGUUCACACGUAAGCAUAUCCCGUUGAUAUGAAAUAAUGUAUCUAAAAAUAAUGCAUACAAGUCUAUUGGACAGAUUAAUAUCAUUGAUUAAUAAAUUAAAUUUUCUUUAUU